AUGUCAACGCCGGCUAGAAGAAGGCUCAUGAGAGAUUUUAAGCGCAUGAAGGAAGAUGCCCCGCCUGGUGUCUCUGCGUCUCCUCUGCCGGAUAAUGUUAUGGUUUGGAAUGCAAUGAUUAUUGGACCUGCAGACACACCAUAUGAAGAUGGCACGUUCAGGCUACUUUUAGAAUUUGACGAAGAAUACCCCAAUAAACCGCCCCAUGUCAAGUUUUUGAGCGAAAUGUUUCACCCAAACGUGUAUGCCAACGGGGAGAUAUGUCUGGAUAUUCUGCAAAAUCGCUGGACACCCACAUACGAUGUGGCUUCGAUUUUAACCUCGAUCCAAAGUCUUUUCAACGAUCCAAAUCCCGCAUCUCCGGCUAAUGUGGAGGCCGCAACAUUGUUCAAAGAUCACAAAUCGCAGUACAUUAAAAGAGUCAAAGAAACGGUGGAAAAGUCAUGGGAGGAUGACUUAGAGGACAUGGAAGACGAUGAAGACGACGAGGACGACGAGGAAGCCGAAUAA